GCUGUUGAGCAGAAAGGUCCGGGCGCUAGGACCCCGGGGCGCUUGAAAGGCUGCUGCUGCUGCUGCUGCUCCUCCUUCUGCUGCUUUGUGCCUCAUCUGCCUUUGAGAGCCUCGGAGGAGGAAGCAAGGCAGGAAGCCUGGGCUGCAUGGAAAGGUCCCUGGAAAACCCCCUGGAAGGAAAGGCUGGAAGGGAGACCCACAGAGAGGAGCAGCCUUGCCCCUGAUCCUCAAUAGGAUUACUCAGAAGUUGCCGCAAAGAUGACCACUUUGACCCGGCAAGACCUCAACUUUGGCCAAGUGGUUGCAGAUGUGCUUUCGGAGUUCUUGGAAGUGGCCGUCCAUCUCAUCCUUUACGUCCGGGAGGUUUACCCGACGGGGAUCUUCCAGAAGCGGAAGAAAUACAACGUACCUGUGCAGAUGUCUUGCCACCCGGAGUUGAACCAGUACAUCCAGGACACCCUCCAUUGCAUCAAACCGCUGCUGGAGAAGAACGACGUGGAAAAGGUGGUGGUGGUCAUUCUGGACAAAGAGCAUCAUCCGGUGGAGAGGUUUGUGUUCGAGAUCACACAGCCGCCCCUUUUGUCGAUCAGUGCGGAUUCCCUUCUCAACCACGUGGAGCAACUCUUGCGUGCCUUCAUUUUGAAGAUCAGUGUCUGCGACGCUGUGUUGGACAACAACCCUCCAGGCUGUACUUUCACCGUUUUGGUCCACACCCGAGAAGCUGCCACUCGCAACAUGGAGAAGAUCCAAGUGAUCAAGGAUUUCCCUUGGAUCCUGGCAGACGAACAAGAUGUCCACAUGCGCGAUCCCCGCCUGAUCCCACUGAAGACCAUGACGUCGGAUCUUCUAAAGAUGCAGCUGUAUGUAGAAGAGCGAGCUCAGAAAGGCACCUGAACCGGAUGGUCUCCGUUUUUUAAACCUUUCCAAGGAAUUUUCCAUGUGUGCGAUUGUGUUGUUUUGUUUUCUGCAAAGUGCUCUUAUGCAAAAUGGUACAAGUCCUCCAAUCCUGAAGGCAAAAUCCUGUAGGAACAAACUCCUACCUCCUUCAACAAAUCAAGUUUCUAGACCUGGUUUUUAAACUGUGUUCCAGAACAUGGUGCUUGUUUUUAGUGUGGGGUUUUGAGCCUUAAAAUGCCGCUUAUAUAAGACUUGGUUUGAUUCAAGAACUCAUCCGUUAUUGUUUUAGUUGUGUCUCGAGUGUUUUGUGAUUUGUGACUGAGACCUUGCAUGGGAUAAAACCUUGCACAGUCCUUGUGUAUCCACUGUGAUAUUUUUAUUUGGCUAUCAAUAAACAUUUAUGGACUAAGUGGAUCCUCAAA